AAUACUCCCCUCCCCUCCACCACUCACCCUCCCUUUUUCCUUUUUUCCUCCCUCCCUCGCUCUCUCCCGCCCUCUCUUCUCUCUCUCUCUCACUCUAUUUCUAUGACAUGCUCUUUCAGCCAUCAAUGAAAUCACAACCGAGGAACAGCAGGACUGUCCUACAUCUGUAAACACUGCCAUCUUGCUCUCUCUCUCUCUCUCUCUCUCUCUCUCUCACACACACACCAUACACAACCUUCCAUCUUCCCUCCCCUUCCAUUUCAGCCCGUUUUUAAUCUUUCUUCCAAUCCCUCUCUUUUUCUGUUUUUUCUCAUUCUUUAAUCCUGUACAUUUUCCCCUUCUUCUCCUUCCUAUCCUUGCAUGACUCCUCCCUCAGUUUGCACGCCCUUUCUCAAACACACACACACACACACACACACACACACAGAGCACAGCUCAUGCGUGCGCACACACACGCCCUCCUCCCCCCAUCGCUGCAGUGUCUCUUAACUGCCUGUGAGCUAACAAGAGAGGAAACGGCACACGGACCGUAACAGGAAGGGGGACAGAAAAAAGACGGAGAGCGAGAGUGCUUCAUCAGUGUGUGUGUGUGUGAGUGUGUGUGUGAAGGAGAGAGAGAGCGAGUGUGAGAUACACACAGAUGUGAGGAUGUUGGAGAUUCGCAGGAAGGCUCGCACACUCCCUGUCUGUCUCUGAAGGAUCAUCUGCGGUGAUACUGAAUGGACAAACGGAACCCAUGCCUUUGGCUGUGUGAGAAGUGUUGGCUUAUGCAACGAAGAAACAGUGGGACAAUCUGGUGCCCAGAAGUCUGAAAAGUGUGUAUAUGUGUGCAUGAUGUCUGACCAGCUGUAGGAGAAGAGAAAUUUACAAAGUAAGAACUAAGGAGUGUUGAAUAACAUCCGAUGAUCGCACCUGGUGGAAUAUCGCGGAUCGCUCACUUUAUAACAUGUGGGUGGACAUAGAGGUGCUUUUGCUCGAUCUACAGUCUUUCCUUCGGCACUGACUGGCUCACUUUAACCAUCACGUUCUGGGGGGAGGGGGGGUGUCCCCUGGUAUAACCCCCCAGCGACUGGGACAUUAAGAGGGUUGGAGUUGGUCUUCUUACAGAAUGUUCUGCUAGUAAUGAACGCCAAUUCGUAAUAGUUGAUCACUAAGAAAACACACUGUUGAACUUGGAGCAUGUUGAACUGUUGAACUUGGAGCAUGCGAGUAGCCCAGAUCCACUUGGAAAGUCAUUAGGCCUGCCUCUUCUCUUCGGACUGGGGUGGCGCCACUAAAAUUUACUUGUGCUUGUCCGAUUUGCGCCUCUAUCCGAACCACAAUUUGGGACUUUGUCCACCUUUUGUCUGUACUUUCUAGGUGUUGUGGAGUGUGUGUGUGUGUGUGUGUGUGUAUAACCCAUAAUUGACCAUGGGGUGCCGGCAGAGUUCUGAGGAAAAAGAAGCAGCCAGGCGCUCGAGGCGCAUCGACCGGCACCUUCGCUCGGAGAGCCAGCGACAGCGACGCGAGAUCAAACUGCUGCUCCUCGGUACCAGCAACUCGGGCAAGAGUACCAUCGUCAAGCAAAUGAAGAUCAUCCACAGUGGUGGCUUCAAUCUUGAAGCCUGCAAGGAAUACAAACCGUUGAUCCUUUACAAUGCCAUCGAUUCGCUCACACGCAUCAUCCGAGCUCUCGCCACGCUCAAGAUCGAUUUCCACAACCCUGACCGGGCCUACGAUGCGGUCCAACUCUUCGCCCUGACGGGUCCUGCCGAGAGCAAGGGGGAGAUCACACCCGAGCUUCUCGGCGUGAUGAAACGCUUGUGGGGCGAUUCAGGAGUUCAGGAGUGUUUCCAGCGCUCCAACGAGUAUCACCUUGAGGACAACACUGCCUACUACCUGAACGACCUGGACAGAAUCUCGGCACCCGAGUACAUCCCGACCGUUGAGGACAUCCUGCGUUCCCGUGACAUGACCACCGGCAUCGUUGAGAACAAGUUUACCUUCAAAGAGCUCACCUUCAAGAUGGUGGAUGUGGGUGGGCAGCGCUCAGAGAGAAAGAAGUGGAUCCACUGCUUCGAGGGCGUAACUGCGAUUAUAUUCUGCGUGGAGCUGAGUGGCUACGACCUCAAGCUUUAUGAAGACAACCAGACGAGUCGCAUGGCAGAGAGUUUGCGUCUGUUCGACUCCAUCUGCAAUAACAACUGGUUCACCAACACCUCGCUCAUCCUCUUCCUCAACAAGAAGGACCUGCUGGCUGAGAAGAUCAAGCGCAUCCCGUUGACCGUCUGCUUUGCCGACUACAAGGGCCAGAACACCUACGAGGAAGCGGCCGUGUACGUGCAGCGCCAGUUUGAGGACCUGAACCGCAACAAAGAGACAAAGGAGAUCUAUUCACACUUCACCUGCGCCACCGACACCAGCAACAUCCAGUUCGUGUUCGAUGCCGUCACGGACGUGAUUAUCCAGAAUAAUCUUAAGUACAUCGGCCUGUGCUAGGACCAGGGGAUGGGGUUGGGUGGGUGGGUGGGGAGGGUUAAGAGAGACAUAUAUCUGGCCUUCCUCACAUGAUUGUUAUAGUGCCAUGGAACCAUGAUGAGAAUGGGGACAGGAUAGGCGCUGCCACCUUACUCAAGUCAUUAACCAUGAAAAGUUAAUGGUUAAGAAUUUUGCAACCUUGAUAGACAUGUGUUUGCACUGAAUUCAUGAACACGUAUAGACACACACACACACACACACACACACACACACACACACACACACACGCGUUUGCUUUUGUUUACUUACAGAGAACUUGGAAUCAAUUGUUAAGUACCUGUUUGACAUGGAAACACUGGUACCUUAAGAAGACCGUCACCCCACCAAUUCCUUUCUGGCUUACCAAACGUCUAAAAUAGAGCAAGACCUCACCGUCCUCACUCUUCUGUUCUGAUCUGUUCUGUCCUUUUACGCUGUUCGAUUUACAUGAAUCAAACAAUGCUACUUUGGUAUAAGGUUUUUAGCAAGUCUGUGAAAGAGUUUCAUUUUUAAACGACCAUUUUAGAGUAGAAAUGACCUACACAAGUGAGAUGACAAAAGUCCUGCGAAAUUAUCAGUAAAAAAAAAAAAAGAAGAGACUUCUCCUUUCGUUUCCUUCCAAAGGUGAAAACUGCCAAUGUUGAAAUAAUGCAACUUUCUUACACGUUAACGCUCACGUCUCCCAUAGAAAACGUUGUUUUGUGUUUUGUUUUUUUUGUGUCUAAAUUAGGUUGUGCUUUGAUUCCAGUUCGAGAGCAAACGAUUUUCCAAGAGUGUUACGUUACAUCUGAAUUGAGUGUUAAGUGUCGUAAAGAUCGUUCCGAUUUCCAAAAGAGACGUAAAUAGUGCCAAUGUAAAUGUAAAUAAAUAACAGACCCACCCAAAACCAUUGAGGUUUUUUUUACUUAAAAAUGUCAAAACAUUCAAAUAUGCAUGAUUUUGUUACUUUGUAAUUUUGAUAAAUUAUAGUUUGAAUUGUUUAGUUAUAUAUAUAUAUAUAUUUUUUUUUUUUCAUUUUACAAAUAUACUCCCAUAUAUACAUAUAUCAAAAUCAAAAACACUGUGUACACAUGUACAGCUGUUUUUCCAAGAGGUAUUUAUUGAAAAGAGGACUAUAAACAGAGAUGGUACGGUAACUUGGAUCCAGUUCAAACUUGGAUUCAGUAUAUGAAUAUUAGUAAAAUGAUAUGCUGGUGAUUGCAACAAAAGGAAAAAAAAAACAACAAAAACAAAUACAAACAAAAAUGAAAAACAAAAAGAAACCAAAAAAGGAUUUUAAAAAGUAUAUACGAGCAAAAAAAAAAAAAAAAAAAAAAAAAAAAAAGAAGAGAGAGUCUUAUAUAAGCAAAUGAAACCUUCCUCUUUGUUCUGCCGUCAUUUUGAGUGGACUUUGUUCUCGGUAUGGUGUGUAAAUAGUAUGUGAGGUGCAUUGUUUGUGAGAAAACAAAAAAUUCACCUACGUUCGUAGGCGUGAUCGGCAGAAAAACAGGACCACGCCCAUUCUGUUCUCCUCCAUUUCUUCAUCCUUCUCCUUCUCCUGAUGAUGUGCAACCAUCCUGUGCUAAGGGCUUCAGGCUUGACUUUACACGAUGUCCACUGAAAACAGACAUAUAUUUAAAACAAAGUAUAAAAGAACAACAAUAAAUUAAAAAAAAAAAAAAGAUUA